AUGAGGGCCAUGACAAUUGCAAAGGUCAUAAACCUGGAGGUGCCAAUUGGUGCCCUGCAUCGUGCGCUAAAGUCAGCCACCGGCGCUACCUCUGCACAACUACGAUUGACCAAAAAGGGGAACCAACCUCAACUCGCCCUGACAGUGGUUACCUCAUCAUGGACGUCGGGAAAAGGUGCGUCUAACUCAGACGAGCCCGCAAGGGCUAGCGGCUCCCGUCCGGCAAAUCCUCAGUCUCUUGAAAACGGCGGCGCCUUGAGCGGGAUACCAGCCGCAGAGCUUCUGCAAGACGGACCCCGGGAACGUGAAACGAUUGUGACACAGGAAAUACCCAUCCGUGUUCUUCAUCCCUCCGCAGUCGAGGGAGUGCACGAACCACGUUGCCGUGACCCGGAUGUACAUAUCAUUCUUCCCAGUCUCAUCCAGCUCAAAAGCAUAUCUGAACGUUUCACAAAGCUUGCCACUGAUGCUGCAUCCAGUAAAGCAGGGAAUGUCAGUGCUGGUGGCAAUGGCAAUGGACCUGCUCUAGCGGGCGGGAGUCAUAGCAGCGGCCCUAAGUUGGAACUUAGCGCCAACAUGCACGGUUCGUUGAAAUUGGCCAUUGCUACUGAUGCUCUUCGCAUCUCAAGUGUAUGGGCAGGACUAGUGAAUCCUCCCCUAGACCAGGCAGAUAUGACCCAGAGCGAGAUCGCUCAGCUGCCAAGUGAGCGGAUGAGAGCCCGAGCAGCAGAUGGCGAGGAAGGAUGGGCAAAAGUAAGGAUUGACGGUAAAGACUGGGGCCGGGUACUGAGUGUUGGUAGAUUAAGCCCCAAAGUCGUUGCCUGUAAGUAUUUUUAUUCUUCCUUUAUACUUGUUGUUCCCUCUUCCUCUGCUGACCCUGUAGGUUUCAUUCAUGAGACGGCCCUGGUCCUCUAUGUUUACCUCCCCGGAGGAAUAGGUGGAGAGGACUCCUGCCUAACAUAUUAUAUCAACUCGUAUGCUAGCUAG